AUUUAAUUUUUUUAGUUUUCACUUAGUUCCGUGACAUUUUAAAUUAAGAUCCUGAUUCGUUGAUCGCCUUCAUUUGCAAUAAAUGUAGAAGACAAGUUUCUCUCUAUAUACAUAUUAAAUUGUAUUUCAUAGGUUACUUGGAUUUAACAACCUUUUAUAGCCUAGUAAGGUUAGCUGUCCCAAGUGACUGCGGGAGACGAGGCACGGAUUGCACCGAGCAGAAGACUACCUAUACCCAUAAUAAUAUUACAAGGAAGAAACCUGAGGACUGUACUUAGACGUGUUAUAUCAUAAGACCUAAUAACGUACAUGCUCGAAAAUGCAUUCAACUGCAUUAAUUACUGCAGUAUGUUUAGUCAUUUGUUCGUGUCUUCUUCCGACCAUCAAUGCCAAGAAAAUCAAUUAUCAAAAUGUUAAAAACGAGGACGACUGUUCGUUAUGGGUGGCCGAAAAAGACGAGCCCAAAAUGCCCAUACCGUUCACGAGCAACGGCAAGCGGUACGCGAUCAUCUAUCCGAACGCCAAGGGCCGGCUGGACGUGAAGAAAGGGCGUAGUUUCAAGCUGUCGUGCGCCACAGCCAAGUUCGCGUCGAGCGAGCUGCAACGGAACGGCACCUCCGAAGUGUUGGUCACGUGCGUCGGCAUCGACGUCCUCGCGUACCGGGGCCAGACGUACCGGUACGAAGACUUCCAGUGCGACGGCAUGCCCAAGUCGGAGCUCCGAGUCACCGACGAUCGGUGCCAGCCGGCCAACUACACCGUGGCCGUGGUCGGUUUCCAGACGGACCACGCAUUCCUCCGGCUGUACGGCAUGUGUUUCGACAAGUCGACCAAGAACAGCCUGUACACUUGGUACGACGCCCGGGCGCCGUACUACGACAACCACCAGAAGUACAGCAAGCGACCGGCGUUCAUUAAGUCCAAAGAGCUGUACGGCAACACGGACGUGAACAGGAAAUACACUUUCAAAGAACAGAAAAAAACGGUGGCGAAAAUACUCAGAUCGGACGAACUUGCGGAUAAGUACAUAAGGAAUGAUAACCAACACUCGCUGUCCCGGGGCCAUUAUGCAGCCAAAGCUGACUUCUUCUUUGAUUUCGAACAGAUUUCAACGUUUUACUAUGCGAACGUAGCCCCACAGUGGCAGAUAUUCAACGGUGACAUGUGGGCCGAUCUGGAGCAGUCAACCCGGUCAAAGUUAAGCAAAGGAAACGGCACGUCCACACAUGUGAUCGUCACCGGUACGUACGACACAUGCACACUGGCCGACGUGGACAACGUCCAACAACCACUGUACCUUGACCUGCCUGGUGCCAUACGCGUGCCGCUGUUCUACUGGAAGCUGCACUACGAUGUGGACGCGGCGGACGGCAUCGUGUACAUCGGCCUCAACAACCCGUACAAGGAGAUCGACGACAGCGUGUACAUAUGUCCUAACAUAUGCCCGGACGGUUACCAUGGUCGCGGUUACCAGGGCCGCGAUCACCGAAACAAUAAGGCAGAGACCGGACCCGGCCGCGAUCACCGGAACGACCCCGAACCGGACGCCAACGACGGACUCAUCUACUGCUGUACCAAAAAGUCGUUCGAAGAGGUUUACGGUGAGCUGGACCCAAUCGUGUACAGACAGCUGAUGUGAACACGAAAAAACCCAAAGUCCUAACUACAGCACCACAUGCUAUAUAUUUACCUACCUACCUAUACUUACAUUAUUCGUUGGCUAUGACGAAUGACGUAAUCAUAGAUUCCUAGCUACAUUCAUUAUCCGUCGGCACAUCUAGAAUAUGUUACCUAUAGGUAUUAUUUAGUACCUAAUAAAUAAUAAUAGCAAUUAUAUUGUAUAUCUAUAAAUAAUAAAUUAAUAAAAUAUAUAUUAUAUUAUA